AUGUACCGCCGUGCACCGACAAGGCAGCUUAGGCUGUCGGGAAGUGCUGCCUUACGGGCGUCAUGGGCUUCAUCACGCGUAUCUACACGGCAACUCGGUGCGGCUGCCAAUCAUAUGAGCCACAUCUCUAAACAUAUCUCAACACCAUUCGCAUCAAAGUAUCGAGGCUUCAGCAGCACGGCUUCAGUGCGGAACAACUUCGAUGAUGACCAGGGAACCUACAGCGAGUCUGAUCAUGAACAUGCCGUCAUCUCGACCUUUGAUCUCUUCUCCAUUGGCAUUGGCCCUUCAUCGUCCCACACCGUUGGGCCAAUGAGAGCGGGCAAUAUCUUCGUCGCAGACCUCUUGGCGGCCGGCUUGCUCCCCAAAGUCGAUAGAAUACGCGUGGCCCUCUAUGGCAGUCUUGCACUCACAGGCGAGGGCCACAUGACGCCAUCUGCUCUUCUGCUUGGUCUUGAAAGUGCCGACAUUGAGACUGUCGAUACGGCCUACGUGCCUGAACGCUUUGAGCAGAUAAAAAAGGACAAGAAGCUCUUCCUGGGACACCAACUUCCAGAUGGCAAGGGCAAGGAAAUCACAUUUGACUUUGACCGGGACUUCAAAUGGGAGUGGGGCAAGAAGCUGCCGCUGCACAGCAACGGUAUGCGCCUCAUGGUGUUUGACAAGGAGGGAUACAUGUUGGCAACCAACGACUUAUUCAGCGUGGGUGGCGGAUUUGUUGUCAACGGCGCCAUGUCAAUCAAUAAAGCUGAUUCGGAUUCGUCAUCUGCUACAGACGCCGGCUUGGGAUUAUCAACAGAAGCCCAGGGCGCGCAUCCAUCUGAUCUCGCAGAGAAUAUGUAUUACAAGGAGAUUCGGCGUGAAGAUGCAGCAGGAGAUCGACGCACCGGACAAGAGAUCAAGCCAGUUGGAGACGCUGCCGGUCUGCUUACAUCUGGUGCUGAUGGCGGAGAUGCUCCUCCCCCAGCGAAAUCCUCGACCGACGACGCUUCUUCAUCUGGUGGCGCGCAUGGUCAUCAGCCUCGAUACCCGUUUAGAGACGCAAAGAGCUUGUUGGCCCUGUGUGACAAGCACAACCUGACUAUUGCACAAGUCGUGUAUGAGAACGAGAAAAGUCACGGUUACACGGACGAUCAAAUCCGGGACAAGCUGUUCCGAAUCUGGGAGGUAAUGGACAACAGCAUCUUGGAAGGAGUCCAAGCAGCCCCAGACUCAGUACUACCAGGCAGUCUCAAGCUGCAUAGGCGAGCACCGGCGUUAUAUAGACGACUCACAAGGGGUCUAUAUCCUUCCUAUACUACAUCGGCGGGCAAUGCAGCAGAGCCCGCUCAGGCCCAGUUACCGCUUGACAACAAGGAACCGCCGUCGGGUUCACAAACGCCAGGAUCCUUAACUACGGCGCCGACCUCAUCAUCUUCUUCAGCUGGCCGCAAGGACAUGGCUAUCAGGAGAGCAGCAGCUCUACGCACCCACGGCUCCUUUUCUCACCCAGUACUACCAUCACCCCGACGACGCACGACAUUCCCAGCCAUGGAUUAUCUUACGGUGUAUGCCAUGGCUGUCAAUGAGACUAAUGCAGCAGGCGGCCGCAUUGUCACAGCCCCAACAAACGGCGCAGCUGGUAUCAUCCCUGCAGUGCUCAAGUAUACCGUCGAAUUCGUCAGCGAUGACCCCGAGCGCGACAUCUUGUCCUUCCUCUUAACAGCAGCUGCGAUUGGUAUGCUGUACAAGCGCGGUGCUACCAUCUCAGCUGCCGAGGGUGGCUGUAUGGCCGAAGUAGGCGUUGCCUGCUCCAUGGCAGCCGGAGCAUUCGCAGCAUGCAUGGGCGCCAGUCCUCAAACCAUUGAGCAGGCUGCCGAGAUUGGAAUCGAGCACAAUCUAGGCUUGACAUGCGACCCCAUUGGCGGAUUGGUGCAAGCCCCAUGCAUCGAGCGUAAUGCCUUGGGUGCCAUCAAGGCCAUCUCGAGCGCCAACUUGGCUCUGAGCGGCGAGACGGGCACGCAAAAGGUCAGCCUUGAUGAUGCCAUUCGGGCCAUGCGCGUUACUGCGCAGGGCAUGAGGAACGAGUUUAAAGAGACGAGCUUGAGCGGAUUGGCUACAAGCGUGCCGCUUCAUAUUCCUGUCAGCGUGCCAGACUGCUAA